AUGACGGAGAUAUUUGCCGAUACAGAGACCGUGCCUCUGAGCGUACUGCCCCCAGCCAACGGACUGGCGCGAGGCAAACGACGAGCGCGUAGUUGCAGCAGCGCCAGAACCAGUCAGGCGACAAUGGACAUCGAUAGCGGGGGCAGUGACAGCGAGAGCAACAGACCGAAGCGAAAGCACAGGCGACACCGGCGGCGGUCGUCUGAGAACAAGGUGGGGAACUCGGCGCAGAACCCCAUCGCGCUGUCGUCGGACUCCAGUGAGGACGAGGAGACUGGAGUCGCAGUAGAGAGUGCCAGUAGCGUGGAGGAGGAAGAGUGGACAGGGAGGGGCUUUGACGAGGAAGAGGACGAUGAUGAUGAAGUGGAGGAGGAAGCGGAUUCAUCGACGUCGUCUUCGGAGGAGGAAGAGGACACCAACAACGAACCGGAGGAAGAGGAUCUAGAAAUCGCCGCCCACACCAAGCGGUCUGUGAAGCCAUCGACAGGCAAAUCUCGAUCACACAAACAGGCUCAGGCUCAGGUUCGAGACGUCAAGCGGAAAGCCACUGGUAAAGCCAGCGGGGGACACAAAGUGGAGGUAAAAGCGAAGGCUGAAACGAAACCUGAGCCCGAGCAUGACGAUGACGACGACGACGACGACGACGACACUCCAAGUGAUACGCACAAGACGCGACCCUUGUUGAAGACGUCGCACAGGAAAGGAGGCGUCAUGCAUACUAGCAAGAGGUCUAACUGGCAGCCCAAGACCCAGCCGCGAAGUCAUUCGCGUAGCAGCCCGAAAAAAGUAGCAAGUUCGGACAAGCAUGGUGGCAAAAUGCGAACGACACAGAACAAGCAUAAAGUUCCCCAAGCUCGCGUCGCAAAGAAGGCGAGAUCUGCCCAACGAAACUUGCUGGAGGACACGAACACUGCUCAUGAUGAAGGUUGGGAGGAUAACGAUGACAACGGCUUCGAUCUGGGUGUUGAUUUGUACGGCGAGUCUCCUCCGCGUCGGCCUCCUUCGAGAGUGCACUCCCGAGCCAACAGCGUUAAGAGUGGCCAGUCCUCUCCUGCGACGAGUAUUAUCAUGAGUCCGCCCGUUGAGUUGCCAGGAGAACAGAAGGAGGAGGAGCCCGUACCAGCUCACUCUACUCAAGAAACGACAACAGCCGCACCAGCGCCUUCAACAGUGCCGACUCCCACACACUCUUUUCUCUCUUCUUCGACGAAAGCGCCUCAAGUUUUCGCUCCCACCCCACCGUCACACCCGAAGAGCGGUACGGAUGACACUCGUGCUUCUGGAUCAGUUUGGAUGGAGCUAUCGCAGGUCGUAAUUCCUCCAGACCUCGACAACAAAUACCACAUCAGGGUAACGGUGUCGGCAGAUAAGCCGCCAGUUCAUACGAUCUGGAUGGAGAAUUUGUCGUCUCAUGAGCAGCGCGAGUACAGCUUCACUGACGUCCUGGAGCUUCCCGAGGCAAAUACCAACGUUCGCAUGCCCACCGAUACGGUCCUGACGGCAUUGUUUCGGUGCCUAAGCAGUCAGCCUGACGCAGUCGUGAUUGUGGGGCCAGAGCCCAAGGCGGCUACCGAGUCGAAGCCCGCGAGCGAAAAGGGAGAGGUGUUGCUUCGAACCUCCACGGCAGAAAAACACUCAGGAGACUCCGAUGGCAGUGGCGAUGGCUUGACGCUGAUCGUAGCUUACCCAGCACUCGACCUCUUUCGAGUGGAUCACCAUUUCCCGAUGAAGCUGGUACCGACGGACGAUCGACUGCAGCACCUUGCAAAAGAAGUAGAGCGUCUGAGGGAGCAGCUCGUACAUGUCCAGACUGAUCGCGACAAGUUGUGUGACCAGCUUCGGCAGCAAGAGGAGGAGAAUGAGCGGACACUGUCUCUGCAGGUCGAAGCCCAGGUUCAGGUGAGGAUGGCGGCCCAGAGCGCGCUUCUCCAGGAGCAACAACAGAGCCAGCAGGAGCUUGAGCAGCGAGUGGCUGAGCGUGUCGAGAAGAAGACCGAGGCUUCGAAGCUGGCCUUAGAGAAGGAGAAACGCGACAGGAACCGGGCCAUGAGGUGGGUGUUCGCGUGCUCGGACUGGAUGACCGCUUUUCAGCCGUGCCGAGCGCUGAUAGCCGGAGCCACCACCGAUACCGAGACCUCUAUUCUUCGACCAGCAACGGCGGCCACUCCACGCAAGUAUGUUGUGGAGUGGAAGGAGCUGAUCGAGAUCGCGGAGCCGUUCUUCCAGCCCACAAAGUCCGACGUGGGGCUCACACAGGCCAUCACCAUCGUGAAAGACGGAGUGUAUCAAGUGAAUGCCAGCGUGUGCCACGACAGCGUGGUUCAACUGCGCCUGGUAAUAAGACCCGCUCGCUCUGGCAAUACGACGGAGAUCGCACCAACGGCCGUGCUGUUGUAUGACAAUAAGCGGCGCGUCUCGCGCGUGGAUAAGAUGCUCUACCUGCGCGCGUUGGACCAACUCUCGCUGGAGCUCGAGCUGCUGAACUCGACCGCGCCGACGCAGCGGGAGGAGUGGCUGCUGACGCCGAUGCCAACGCACAACCGGCUCCUCGUCGCCAUUCUGGACGAGCACGCGACGAACCUGUACCAGCAACAGGAGCGCGGGGGAGCAGACAAAUGA